UACAAUAAUAAAAUUAUAAAACUGUCACGUCUUCACCAGUGUGUUCAUUAGCUGAAAAAGAAGCCAAACUGCGAGUAGGUUAACCUACUUUUUUGUUGUGCAGCCACACAACAAAACAUGCGUUAGGCUUUUAUGUUAUUGUUUUUUUUUUCUUUUUUGAGUAUAGCGUAUAACUGUAUAUUGUUGUAUUUUAAAUUUUCAUGCAAUAAGUGAUAAUGAGAACAUUUUCUUUUGCCUUUCUGGGCCCACUAUGCUGCCAUCACUGAGUGGAUCUUUGGGGGCUUCAUGUGCCAUGCAGUGACAGCGCUCUACAUGCUGGGAUUCACUUAGCUUGGGAGCUUCUCUGCCAACCAUCAUUUUCUCCCAAGUAAAGAAUGAACCAGAUGGAUGUAUAUGCAGUGUGGAAUAUCCCCAAGGGACAGUGUGGACAUUAUUCUCUUAUUCAGCUGAACAUCCUUGGCUUAAUUAUUCCUCUCUCAGUGAUGGUGUUCUGCUACUCACGCAUCAUCCCCAUCUUAAUGGCCAUGAAGUCUCCGAAGAAAAACAAAGCUGUCAGGCUCAUGCUGGUCUUGGUCAUUGUUUUCUUCCUCUUCUGGACACCCUACAACAUCGUCAUCUUCCUGAGGUUCCUGAAUCACUUGGGCUACAUGACCCGCUGUCACGAGCACGGGAACAUGGCUAUGCAGUGGGUGGAAACCCUAGCAGUCAGUCACUGCUGCCUCAACUCCAUAAUCUACGCCUUUGUGGGGCAGAAAUUGAGGAAUUUCUUUCUAAAGAUCCUGAAAGAGUGGUUUCCUCUUUGCUUUGGCCAGUUCACAGCAGGUGAAGGUGAGUUCUCAGAGAGGAUGACCACUGUGCACUCACGCUGGUCAGUAAUUUCCAGCACAAGACAAAAUCAAAAGUGUAGCUGCAUGUAA